UUUCCUGUGGGUUGUCAUUGACAACACGGGGCGGAGCCCGGAAAGAUUCCGAGCCGGGAUGACGCUGCUGAUCAGGAAUAUGCAGAGAGCGGUGCCGCUCCGCAGGGCCCGGCUCCGGCGGGACUGUCAGACUCUGCGCCAGAUCCUGGGCCUCGCACGGUUCGACCUGGCCCUGAUUUGCGUGGACGACCAACGGAUGCAGUUCUUGAACGGACGCUACAGGGGACAGGAAGCGGCCACUGAUGUGCUGUCUUUCCCUUUCCAUCAGGAUCUGAGAGCAGGGGAUAUUCCCAAACCUCUACACCAGGAUGAGUAUAAUCUUGGAGACAUCUUCCUAGGAAUGGAAUAUAUCUACAGACAAAGCCAAGCACACGGGCAAGACUUUUACAGUGUAUUAACAGUGACCACAUUACAUGGAAUCUGCCAUCUACUGGGUUAUAGACAUAGCACAGAAGCUGAAUGGAAGCAGAUGUUCCAGAGAGAGUCCAACACUCUUAGAUUGUUUAAUAGUCUCACUGGAGCCAGCCUGCAGCCACUGACACAAAACAACUUCUGAAUGCAUGUGUGGCUGAGAGCCACUGAGAAACAUUGCUUUGACAUUUACUUUUAUAUACCAUGGAAUGAAUGGGUGCAGCACAAAUCCUAUCAGCAGAACAAAGGCAAUGGUUCUUUGGGCUAUGAAGACUCUUUAUCAAUAAAGUCAGAAUCAUUUUCAGAA